AUGGGGCAGUCGCAAACGAAACAAGUCAAACAACCAACACAAGAAGUCAAGCAAACAACACAAGAAGUCAAACAAACAACACAAAAAGAUGGGAAGUUACGUUUCGCCGUGGCAGGAGAAAGUGGCGCUGGGAAAUCGGCCUUUAUCAACGCCAUCAGAGGGUAAGAACUUUUCACAAAUAAUUAUUGUCAAACGAAUCGAAUUCAAGUCAUGUGUGUAUGCCUACAAUUUUCUAUGUGUGCGUUGUAGAUUUUGUUCAUCAGUUCGAAUAGAUGUAUCUUCUUCGCCCGCGUGAGCCAAGCGACCGUAACAGAGAACAGCCUUUAUGCGAUGUAUAGUUAAUAAUUAUUCACCGAAGUAUAGGUGAAUAGUGCAAGGAUAUUCACCAAGACGCGAAACAUUGAGGUGAAUAUCCUUGCACUAUUAUUUACCGAUACUGAAGUGAAUAAUUGUUUUAGCUUAUGGCAUACGAAAACAAAAAUGACAAACAUAUUUUUAAAAUAAUUUGUAUUACAGCUCCCGUAAUAGUUAUAAACAAAACGGCAUUUAUAUAAGCUUUUUAUUCAUUAGAUAUAGCUUUAAAGAAUACUUAUACACACUGUUAAACAAAACUUCGUGUUUGGCGAAACCGAAGCUUCGUUUAGUACAAAGAUUUGUUUGUGUGUAACCGGAACGAAACGGGAAGCCAUUUUGUUUUUUGUCCGGAAGUGAAUAGUGCAAGGACAUCCAGAGCUGAGCAACCAAUCAAAUCGCGCGAAAAGCACUAUCCAGCUCACGAGUAGGUAGCAAGUCCAGCAGCAACAGUCAACAUCGUUCAAUCACGGGAAUACGCCACCUAACCAACUGAAUAUACGGCAAUACAACGGCUCAUCAUUUUUUGCCGCGGUUUACCCAGUUGCAGUUCUCCCAGCAAUACCACAUAACGAUUUAAACAUUUCCGCAGGAAUUAGAAGAGAAAGUAAAAUUUUAUUAACAAGCCAUUACUUCUCAUGCAUCUGAAAAGGACGGAGUUAAACAUACAUUAAUUUUAGGGGUGCACCGGAUAGUGAUUUUUACUAUCCGGCCGGAUACCGGAUUUGCCGGAUAUCUGAUAAAAAUCCGACCGGAUACCGGAUAUUUUAUCAAUUUGAAUACUUGACAUAUAAUAUAUAUUUAUAAGGAUUUUUCUCAUCCAUGUAUUAGUGCAGAAGAAGGUGACACUAUUUUUUUAAUUUUUGAGUAAAUAAUCAAUUGUGGUUAACUAAAAAUCUGCUUUUGAUUUUUUCUACGGUUCACAUGCUUCUGAAAACUUCCGAAUGUUUUUGAGCGAUGUGAUUUAGUACGGCUUUUGGUGCCAAACCCUGCGAAUAGUUAAUUAAUUCAAUCAAGUAUACCAGUGGCUAGCUUUUUCAUGUCCUUUUUUGUUUUUUUUUAAUUUUUUUAGUAUUUUUUAUGUUUCAAUUAACGGAAAUUUAGUACAAUUCAUGAAAAACAAAUUAUCCGGUAUCCGACCGGAUAAUAGUAAAUAUCCGGCCGGAUACCGGAUAGUACGAUUUUGUCACUAUCCGACCAGAUUAUCCGGCCGGAUACUAUAUCCGGUGCACCCCUAAUUAAUUUAAUAACAUCAGUGCUUCACUGUUUUGUGUAAAGUUACAGAUGAUGAUCCUGGUACAAAAGUGCAUUGGUGGAUUUGUUGAGUUAGCAAGGAUAUAAAUAUAAUUGCACUUUUUGCAAAGUUUUCUAUAUUAAGUAAUAAAUCGUGCUUCACUUUCUUGUAUAGACUUAAAGAUGACGAUGAUGGUGCAGCAAGAGUAGAUGUGCUUGAAACAACGAUGGAGCCAACGGAAUAUCAACAUCCAGAGAACCCAAUGAUUAGUUUCGUAGAUUUACCCGGCUACGGUACUCCAAACAAUCCUGAUCUCCCUACCUACUGGAAAAACGCUGGCCUUGAUGAUUACGAUAUCUUUCUCAUUAUCACACCAACACGUUUUAGACAAAAUGACUUCGACUUGGCAAAGAAAAUACAUUCUACUGGAAAGUCGUUCUUCGUUAUUCGCACAAAGAUCGAUUUCAUCAAGUGGGAGAUAAGAAAGAGAUCAUUUAACGAAGAAAAAACGUGGAUGAAAAUUAGAGAGGAUUGCAUGGAAAAUGUCAAAGGCUUGAUAUCCAGUGAAAAUGAAAUUUUCCUUAUUAGUAAUUAUGACCCACACAAAUGGGAUUUUCCCCGCCUGCAUGGAGCAAUCAUCAAUGCGUUGCCUGGACAUCAAAGAGAAUGUUUAAGUCGAAGAAAGACUUGGUCUCUCAGAG